AUGACCCAUCCUACGACCGUAGACGCUCCCCCCGAAGUUCCAAAGAAACGAAAACAAAGUCAACGUGUGUGUUCUCUUUCGGAGGACCAGAAACGUCAAAACCAUGUUUCAUCCGAGCAAAGACGGCGUCAGGCGAUGCGGGAGACUUAUGACACUUUGGUCGAAAUGGUGCCCGAUCUCUCCCCGGAACAGCGACGCUCAGAAAUGCAAAUAUUCGCCAGAAGCUACAAUUAUGUGGUAUGGUUAUAUGAACGCAACCGCAUUCUGCGAGAACAGCUACAGAAGGCUACUGGCUCUCAGCCUGAUGAUGCUCUAAGGUUUGAACUUCCACAACAGCAACAGCAGCAGCAGCAGCAGUAG